AUGUCGACUAUAGCUUCGCCAAGAGCCAGCAUCUCGGUGCGCAGCGCCUCGUCUACCCGCAACUCCAUCGACAGCUCCAGGGCUCCGCAACCGGCUCGCCGCAACAGAGCAGCCCUCCGAGAAUUCUACGGCCUCAAGAAUGCGCCCAAAGAUGGAGACGCAAAGAUAUCCGAGGAGUCUUCACGGACCGAACUCGGCCCCGAAGAAGACGAGACGCUGACGGAGCUGGAUGCGGCCGACUUUGAUGCCGAAGCAUUCGUGAACAGCUUGCUAGCCAGAGAGGGUCUGAAGGGUGUUCUCAAGGUCGAGGCAGACUUGGUAUCACCUCUGCUUGCUAACGAUAUCCAAGAAAUACGCAAUCUGGACAGCGACAGAAAGUCACUCGUGUACGACAACUACUCCAAGCUGCUUUCUGCGACCAGCACUAUCCGCCGAAUGCGAGGGAAUAUGGACCCACUCGCUCCCACAACACACACCCUUGGUCCUGCAAUCUCACAUAUUGCUGAGACUGCUAGCUCGCUGUCCUCUUCGAUGCAAAGUCAGCAAGCGAAGCCCGAGGGCUUGGGCAUCAGCGUGCUAGUCGACCAAGACGAUGCCGAGAACGAAACCGAGGUUCAAAAGCAAAGACAGCGGGACACUGUGAGAUGGGUGCUUGACACACCGCGCCGGCUUCAGGAAAUGAUCGAUCAAGACCAGGACGAGGAAGCAGAGCAAGAGUGGGAACAAGUCAGCAAGAUCCUUGCCAAGUGGAAGGAUGUAGCUGGCGUCACAGAAUUGAGAGAAGCGUGCGAAGAGAUUAUGAAGGAAGAAGACGACUCUGAAUGA